AUGCCUUCCGACAAAGCCUCGGCCUCGGCCUCGGCCCCUGCCCCGGCUGCAGGUUCCAGCCUGCCUGCGCCGCCCCAGAGCGCAGCCUCCCCGAAGCUCGCCACCGAGCUCUACCCCAUGAGCAACAGGAAAUAUGACACCUUCCUGUGGUUCAUGUCCAUCUUUGUCGAUCUCUUCUUCCGCGAGGUCCACCCGAGAGGCUCCUGGAAGGUCCCAAGGCAAGGGCCUGUCUUGUUUGUCGCCGCGCCCCACGCCAACCAGUUCGUCGACGCCCUGAUCCUCCAGCGAACCCUGAAAAAGGAGGCCAAGCGCCGUGUCUCUCUCCUCGUCGCCCAGAAAUCCGUCCACGGCUUCAUUGGCUGGGCCUCUCGCCAGACCGGCGCCGUCCCCGUCGGCCGCGCCCAAGACGCUGCCGUCCCCAAGAGCGGCACCGUGUACCUCCCUGACCCCGUGGGAGACCCGACCCUGGUCCGGGGUAUCGGCACCAACUUCGAAAAGGACGCCGAGGUCGGGGGCAUGAUAUUCCUGCCCUCUGCCAAGGGCCAGGCAAGCACCAGCGUCGACAUUGCAGAGAUCCACGGGCCCGAGGAGAUCCGCGUCAAGAGGCCCUUCAAGACCAAGCUGGCCGCCUUCCAGCUGACGGCGCGCGACGACAUCGACGAAUCCGGCAACUUCACCAACAGGGACUUCAGGGGCAUCAAGGACGGCUACAAUGGCACCCCGUACAAGCUGGCCCCUCACAUUGACCAGACCAAGGUGUACGAGGCAGUGUUUGACCGGCUGCGGUCCGGGGGUUGCGUGGGCAUAUUCCCCGAGGGUGGCAGCCACGACCGGACAGGGCUCCUCCCCCUGAAGGCCGGUGUUGCCAUCAUGGCGCUCGGGGCUCUCGCCGAGUCGCCCGAGAUCAACCUCAGGAUAGUGCCCGUCGGCAUGAACUACUUCCACGCCCACAAGUUCCGGUCGAGGGCGGUGGUGGAGUUCGGCCAGCCCAUGGAGAUCCCCCGCGAGCUCGUCCAGAUGUACAAGAACGGGCAGAGGCGGGACGCAAUCGGUCAGCUCUUGGACACGGUAUACCAGGGCCUGACGGCAGUGACGGUGCAGACACCCGACUACGAUACCCUCAUGCUCAUCCAGGCGGCCAGGCGGCUCUACAAGCCCACCGGCAAGAAGCUCCCCCUCCCUUAUGUCGUCGAGCUGAACCGGAGGCUGGCGAUGGGCUACGAGAAGUACAAGGACGACGAGCGUAUCGUCCAGCUCUCGGAGGCGGUCAAGGACUACAACAAGCAGCUCCGGUACCUCAACAUGCGCGACCACCAGGUCCAGUACGCCAGGAUGCCAAUACACACCGUGGUGCUGACCACGCUCUACAGGGUGGUCAAGCUCCUGGUGCUCCUGAUCGGCACCCUGCCCGGCCUCCUCCUCUUCACGCCCGUCUUUGUGCUGACCAAGUUCAUCAGCGUGCGGAAGGCCAGGGAGGCCCUGGCGGGCUCUUCUGUCAAGAUCCAGGGCCGCGACGUGAUGGCGACAUGGAAGAUCAUGACCGCCCUGGGGUUUGCACCAAUCCUGUACAACACGUACAUCUGCAUCUUUGUCUGGAGGGUCUACGCGGACCGCCUCUGGGGCUACUGGGACUACGUGCCGAGAUGGAUCCCGCUGUGGACGGCGUUCCCGAUCGGCUGGGUGGUCUUCCCGCUCAUCACCUUUGCGGCGCUGCGGCUGGGGGAGGUGGGGAUGGACAUCUUCAAGUCGCUGCGCCCCCUCGUCAUGUGCCUCAACCCGGCGUCCAGCUACAACAUCUACCAGCUGAGGGAGCGGCGGGCAGAGCUGAGCGAGCGCGUGACCGAGGUGAUCAACGAGCUUGGGCCCGAGAUGUUUCCAGACUUUGACAGGACGCGGAUCGUGGCUGACCCGACCAGGGACGACGGGCGGCCUCGGACGCCGGGCAAGCCGCCGACCACCCGGCGCGACAGUGACAUGUCGAGCACGGGGCUCGAGCCGGAGAGCCCGACGCGGCCGCUCGCCAGGCGGGACACGACAUCGUCCAGCCGGGGGCUACCCAAGAACGAGUCGUACAGCAACAUCGGGCAGGUGGGCAUCUUCUCGACGCGCCCCCCGUCCCGGGAGGGGAGCAGGAGCAGCAGCUCGGGCGGCGCGAUCGGGUCGGCGGGGUUCCCCGUCAGUGGCUUCACCACGCUGGACUCGAAGGCGGGGCUGGCGGAGGUCAGCAGGAAGAUCCGGCAGGAGAUGCAGGAGAGGGGGCAGCUGAGGAGACGGAAGAGCGAGGGCAAGAAGGCGUUCGAGCUCCAGAGCAACGACGGCGAGAGCGACGACGACGACGACGACAACAACAACGGCGACGGCGACGGCGACGGCGAGGCUGGAGCGGAGGGCAGGCAACAGUAA